AUGGCCACAGGCAAGCCUUCCCUAGACCAUCGGUUCAGUGAUGAAAUUGACAAGCUGACGGGCUAUAAGACUCAGUCCAUUCUGUGCAUGACCAUCCGCAACAGUGACGGUGAAGUCAUCGGUGUAGUACAGGCCAUCAACAAGAACCCCAGCGGAACUCCAUUCACCGAGGAUGAUGAGAAGGUGCUGCAAAUGUAUCUACCAUUCUGCGGAAUAUCGAUCUCCAAUGCCAAACUCUUCUCCGAAUCCCGGAAGGAGUAUGAGAGGAGCAGGGCCCUGCUGGAGGUGGUGAAUGAUCUGUUUGAGGAGCAGACGGACCUGGAGAAGAUCGUGAGAAAGAUCAUGCAGCGUGCACUGACAUUGCUUCAGUGUGAGCGCUGCUCGGUGCUUCUGCUAGAAGACAUCCAUUCUCCUGUAGUCAAGUUCUCCCAGACGUUUGAGCUCAUGUCUCCACUGUGCAGCGUUGAUCAUGACAUCAGCAUGGAGAAGGUGUCUUGCUCGGACUGGCUGAUCAAUAACAGCAUUGCUGAGUUGGUAGCAUCAACCGGGCUGCCUGUUAACAUCAGUGACGUCUGUCAGGAUCCCCGCUUUGAUGCUGAGGCGGACCAGGCUUCUGGUUUCCAUAUCAGAUCAGUUUUAUGUGUCCCCAUCUGGAAUCGGACACAUCAGAUUAUUGGUGUGGCCCAGAUUCUGAAUCGCUUGGACAGGAAGACAUUUAAUGAUGCAGAUCAAAGAUUAUUUGAGGCAUUUGUUAUUUUCUGUGGUCUGGGCAUUAACAACACAAUGAUGUAUAACCAGGUGAAAAAGACUUGGGCCAAGCAGUCUGUGGCUCUAGAUAUGCUGUCCUAUCAUGCUACAUGCUCCAAGGCAGAGGUUGAUCGACUGAAGGCUGCUAAGAUUCCCCUAAGCAGUGAGCUCGGGAUCGAUGAGUUCCACUUUAAUGACUUUUCUCUGGACAAUGACGCCAUGAUCACUGCCUCCCUGCGGAUGUUUUUGGAGCUUGGUGUCGUGCAGAAAUUCAAAAUUGAUUAUGAGGUGCUGUGCCGCUGGCUGCUUACCGUGAGGAAGAACUACCGCACCGUGGCCUAUCACAACUGGAGGCAUGCCUUCAACGUCUCGCAGUGCAUGUUUGUUAUGAUCACCACUGCUGGGUUCCAGGAGGUGCUGACAGACACAGAGACUCUCGCUCUUAUGGUUGGGUGUUUCUGCCAUGACCUGGACCAUCGUGGCACAAAUAACGCCUUUCAGGCAAAGUCUGGGUCAGCACUAGCGCUGCUGUACGGAACAUCUGCUACACUAGAGCAUCAUCAUUUCAACCAUGCUGUCAUGAUCCUGCAGAGUGAGGGUCAUAACAUUUUUGCUAAUCUGUCCUCCAAAGAGUACAGCAACAUGAUGCAGCUACUGAAACAGGCCAUUCUGUCCACAGAUCUCACGUUGUAUUUCAAAAGAAGAACCCAGUUCUUUGAGUGUGUUCUGUCGGGGCAGUUCAGUUGGAGUAAUGAAGAACAUAGAGACAUGUUCAGGUCUAUGCUGAUGACUGCGUGUGACUUGGGUGCAGUGACCCGACCAUGGGAAAUCUCAAAACAGGUGGCUGAAUUGGUGACCAGUGAAUUCUUUGAACAAGGUGACAGGGAGAGAUCAGAGCUGAAAUUGACACCAGCUGCUAUUUUUGAUCGCAAUCGUAAAGAUGAGCUCCCUGUGCUUCAGUUGGAAUGGAUUGAUGGAAUUUGUAAGCCAUUAUAUGAGGCUCUUGUGAAGUUGAAUAGGAAGCUUCAGCCGAUGGUAGAUGGAAUUGAUGCCAACCGAAAGAAGUGGGAGGAGCUUUGUCUGUCCUAUCAGCAAACACGGAGAGCCUCUGAGUGUAUCUCCAGUCUGGAGGCAGGAGAGACAGAAUCGUCUCAGAGUUCAGACUCCACCCAUGAGCCAGAAUCAAGUCAGAGUGAGGCAACCAAUCAGAGUGAAGACUCCACCCACUGUGUGGAGCCAAAUCAAGCCACAGUAGCCAAUUACAAAUAAGAAGCGUGAUGUGACAUUAA